GCGCGUCCUAACCUCUCGCGAGCGCAGGAAACUGGAGCAGCGACAAACUCUCGCUGGGAAUUUUGUUUUAACUGCUUUUUUUUUUCUUUCUUUCUUUAUUUUUUCUUUUCUCCUGCAUUAAUUGUUGUUUUUCGACCUCAGCCCGUCCGUCGGGAGACUUUUCUCGCGGGCAGUGUUGUUUAAGGAACGCUUCGUGUUUUUAAAGUGGUCGAUUCGUACUUUUAUCCCGGUGUUUUUCCUCAUGGAUCGGAUGGUGACGCGUCAGAAUAAUUCACUCUUUUAAACCCGUUUCGUUAAUUUAUAUUUUAAUAGUACAACACGUCAUCAAACUUCGGCUUUAAAUGUUUAUUUUAAAGGCUAAAGUUGAUUGAUUCCUGCGCUUACAUGAUGAUAAUUUUGACUCCUCUUACUUUAGCUGCUAAUGCUAAGUAGCGCAGGCCGCUACUGGAGUUUAUUUAUAAAUAUUUAUACGAGUGUAUUGGUAUUUCUAUAAUUAUAUGUAUUUGUGAGUGUAUGAAUGAAAAUGAGAAUCUGACGGAGGUCUUUGAUUGAUCAGUGAUGUCUUCUCCAUCACUUUAGACUCAGAUAUCUAGUGAUGAGUGAUGUUUAUCACUCAUUAUAAAGUCCUCGUCUGUUUUCUUUACUUUUUCGUUUUUUCUAAGUCAGAUAUAAUUUUUAUUUACUCAUGUCGUGAAGUUUAAUGGCUUGACGAACAAUUUUUUGUCAUAGUUGAUAUUUUAAAUGUGUUAGCUGUGACUGAACUGGACACAGUUGAAAAGAGGAGAAACAAACACAGCUCAGAAUCAAGAUGAUGUGCGAGGUGAUGCCCACCAUCAGCGAGGCGGAGGUCAGCAGUAACGGAGGCGGUCUGGGCCCCGGCUCUCCCGUGCAGACGGACUCUGAGGGCCACUUUGAGUCUCUGAUGGUGUCUAUGCUGGAGGAGAGAGACCGACUGCUGGACACGCUCCGAGAGACGCAGGAGAACCUGUGUGUGACGCAGAGCAAACUGCACGAGAUCAGCCACGAGAGAGACUCGCUGCAGAGACAGCUCAACAGUGCCCUGCCGCAGGAGUUUGCAGCUCUUACGAAGGAAGUGAAUCUGUGUCGAGAGCAGCUGCUGGAGCGAGAGGAGGAGAUCUCCGAGCUCAAAGCAGAGAGAAACAACACACGCUUGUUGCUGGAGCAUCUGGAGUGUCUGGUGUCUCGUCACGAGCGUUCUCUGAGGAUGACUGUAGUCAAGCGUCAGGCUCAGUCUCCCGCCGGCGUCUCCAGUGAGGUGGAGGUGCUCAAGGCACUCAAAUCUCUCUUCGAGCACCACAAAGCCCUGGAUGAGAAGGUGAGAGAGCGUCUGCGUGUGGCUCUGGAGAGAUGCAGUAUGCUGGAGGAGCAGCUCACCGCCGCUCAUAAAGAGCUGGUGAUUCUCAAGGAGCAAAACAGUCAGAAGAAGGUGAUUGGUGGAUCAGCAGAAGUGAAUCACAGCUCUGGUGCAGCACUGAACACUAAUGGCAAGCAGCGCUUGUCAGACGUGUCUCUGGGUGCAGAGGAGGAUUGUGGGAAGGACGUGGAGCUGCAGGAGGCUCUGGACAGACAGAGUAAGGAGCUCCUGCACAUGAAGGAGCGUGUGGCGUCUCUGUGCAGCCGCGUCUCUGAGCUGGAGGAGGAUCUGGACACGGCCCGGAAAGACCUCAUCAAGUCUGAGGACAUCAACAGCCGUCUGCAGAGAGACUUACGAGAGUCUCUGGCUCAGAAGGAUGACAUGGAGGAGAGGAUCACCACGCUGGAGAAGCGCUACCUCGCGGCUCAGAGAGAAGCCACGUCUGUCCAUGACCUCAACGACAAACUGGAGAACCAGAUCGCCAACAAGGACUCGCUGGUCUGCCAGCUGGAGGACAGGAGUCGUGUGCUGCAGGAGCGUCUGGAGCUGGCGGAGCAGAAGCUGCAGCAGACGAUGCGUAAGGCCGAGACGCUGCCGGAGGUGGAGGCAGAGCUGGCUCAGAGGGUCGUGGCCCUCACUAAGGCGGAGGAGCGGCACGGGAACGUGGAGGAGCGUCUCAGACAGAUGGAGGCUCAGCUGGAGGAGAAGCACCAGGAGCUGCUGAGGGCUCGUCAGCGGGAGAAGAUGAACGAAGAGCACAACAAGCGUCUGUCGGAGACCGUGGACAAACUGCUGUCUGAGUCCAACGAGAGACUGCAGCUUCACCUGAAGGAGCGCAUGACGGCGCUGGAGGACAAGAACGCUCUGAUCCGGGAUCUGGAGCACACCAAGAAGCUGAUAGAAGAGGCUCAUCAUGAGAAGGAGCAGCUGCUCAUCCAGAUCGAGAGCAUGAGGAGUGAACAGGAGCGCGGCCGCAGCAGGAGCAACUCUCUGCUGCAUCAUGGGUGUGGCACGCCGGACUUCAGGUUCCCGGUGUCUGUGUCAGCGCUGGACAGUCACUGCGGCGGAGCGCUGGUGCUCAGACGACCGCAGAAGACCCGAGUGUCUGCGCUGAGAGAACAGCCCUCGAAGGUGCAGACGCUGGACGAGCAGGAGUGGGACCGUCUGCAGCAGGCUAGUGUUCUGGCUAGCGUAGCUCAUGCGUUCGAGAGUGAUCUGGACGUGUCAGACGUGGAGGACGACAGAGAGACGGUCUUCAGCUCCAUGGACCUGCUGUCUCCUGCUGGACAGGCAGACGCUCAGACGCUCGCCCUGAUGCUGCAGGAGCAGCUGGACGCCAUCAACAACGAGAUCCGCAUGAUCCAGGAGGAGAAGGACAGCACCGCACUGAGAGCUGAGGAGAUCGAGGGUCGUGUGGGCAGUGGAGAUGAUCUGGACAGCCGCUUCCGCUCCAUCGCGUCCCUGCAGCCCUCCUUCCACAGCUCCUCUCCACCCGGAUCCGGUCACUCCACGCCCCGCCGGCCCUCACACAGCCCCAGCAGAGAGCUGGACCGCAUGGGGGUCAUGACCCUGCCUAGUGAUUUGCGGAAGCAUCGUAGGAAGUGUGCUCAAGAUGAUAAAGCCACCAUCAGAUGUGAGACGUCUCCUCCCUCCACACCGUCCUCCAGGAGACUCCAUAAAGGAGCGCUGCACACCUCCAGCCACGAGGACAUCCGAGACGUGCGGGGAGCCGGGCUGCAGGGCGGAGCGGGCAGUAAUCCCAGCAGCAGUAACAGCAGUCAGGACUCACUCAACAAAGCAGCCAAGAAGAAGAGCAUCAAGUCCUCCAUCGGUCGACUGUUCACAAAGAAGGAGAAGAGCAGAGCCAGUCCGGGGGGGAAAGAGUGUCCUGGGCCAGCGCUGGCAGCUACACCUGAUGGAGGAAGUGCACAGGACGCCCUGACUCUGGGGAAACUGGGCGGCCCUGCAGAGAAGAACCGAAAGCUGCAGAAGAACCCAAACUCAGGACACGAGCUGCUGGAGGAAGCGUGUCGCCGGGGUCUGCCCUUCGCUCAGUGGGACGGUCCCACGGUGGUGGUGUGGCUCGAGCUGUGGGUGGGGAUGCCGGCGUGGUACGUAGCGGCGUGCCGUGCUAACGUGAAGAGCGGAGCCAUCAUGUCUGCUCUGUCCGACACCGAGAUCCAGCGUGAGAUCGGCAUCAGCAACCCUCUUCACCGCCUCAAACUACGCCUCGCCAUCCAGGAGAUCAUGUCCCUCACCAGCCCCUCGGUGCCCCCCACCUCCAGAACGUGUUCUGGGAAUGUCUGGCUCACACACGAGGAGAUGGAGAGUCUGGCCACCACGCCGCUCACGGAGGACGAGGAGGCCAGCUGGGCCCAGACUCUGGCCUACGGGGACAUGAACCACGAGUGGAUCGGUAACGCCUGGCUGCCCAGCCUCGGUCUGCCUCAGUACCGCAGCUACUUCAUGGAGUCGCUGGUGGACGCUCGUAUGCUGGAUCAUCUGACCAAAAAAGACCUGCGCGGUCAGCUGAAGAUGGUGGACAGCUUCCACAGGAACAGUUUUCAGUGUGGUGUGAUGUGUUUGAGACGGCUGAACUACGACAGGAAAGAGCUGGAGCGCAGGCGUGACGAGUCCCAGGUGGAGGUCAAAGAUGUGCUGGUGUGGACGAGCGAGCGUGUGGUCAGCUGGGUCCAGGCCAUCGGUCUGAAGGAGUAUGCUGGGAAUCUUCUGGAGAGCGGCGUUCACGGAGCGCUCCUCGCUCUGGACGAGUCCUUCGACCACAACGCCUUGGCGCUGCUGCUGCAGAUCCCUACACAGUGCACACAGGCGAGGGCAGUGCUGGAGCACGAGUACAGCCGUCUGCUGACCGCAGGAACCGAGCGGAGACUCGAGGAGGACGACGACAAGAACUUCCGCCGCACACCGUCCUGGAGGAAGAAGUUCAGGCCCAAAGACGUGCGCUCCGCAGACACACUGCCAGCCAGCUUCAGAGUGAACACUGCAGACGCACUGACCAAGAGACCACAGCUGGACGGAGGUGUGUGUGUUCAGCGUCUGGACUCUGCUGCGGUCAGAACGUACUCCUGCUGAUCAGAGUCAGGUGCAGCGGAGGAUGAGGAGCGCUUGAGUUUCAUCACAACUCUGUCACACGUCAGAUUCGAUGCCUCUAUUUAUGUAAAAGGAGCGGCAUUCACGUAUCGACUGAUGCUGGAUUCGGUCACCUUUUAAUUCUGGAGUCUUGAUCCAGUUCAACUCUUUUAGCUCUAAUUUAUGUUAUCACAAGUCCAGAGUUUGUACAUUUCCAUCUGUAGGUGUAAUCUCAUUCUUAUCAUUCUCUGAGUAUUUUAUCCUCUCAGAUACUUAUUCCUUUUGUUUGAAUUCAUCCAGCUAAAAGUAUUUUGUGAUUUAUCUUAACUUUGCUCUUCUCUUCAUCAGUUUUCUCCGGUUGAUUGUGAGAAAGUGGACUGAAUCAAUGGUGUUGUGUGAAUAUCAGGGUUGAUACGUGUUUUAUAUCCUCUGACACCAAAUCAAUCCCUUGGAUAAGCCAUAAUUUAUAAUAAUUAUGAGGGCUAUUUUGAAUACAUCUUUCUACAGAUGUGAUGUUGAUGCCAGGUUUUUCUAGCAUCUGUUUGACUUAAAGUCACUGUUUAUCCAUUCCCUGGUGCUGCGUUAGAUGUGUGUGUGUGUGUGAGAGAGAGAGAGAGAGAGAGAGAGAGAGAGAGAGAGAGAGAGACUGACUGUAUGUGUGUGUGUGUGUGUUUCACUCAGAUGGACCAAUCCGUGACCUGUCCGCACGAUCCGUGUGUGUGUGUGUAUCGUAUCACUGUAAUGAAGCCUUCUAUUUCUAGCCCAGUCCUGUUGUUUUCCGAGACCUUUUUGAUACGGUGUGUUAUCAGCCUUUAUGUAGGAACUAAGUUGUUAUUUUCGGAUGCUAUCAGAAGCGCAGGCUGGAAUCAUCCCAGUCUCUCUUUUCUGUUUUUGUAAUUUUACAUUCUUUAGUGACUUAUGUACAAUUUAAAUCAUGUUACUUGUUUCUUUUUAUUGUCUUUUAUUUAAAUAAAUAUUCUGGUCAUCUAAUAGAAAUAAUGUACAGUCUAAGUACUUGUGAACUAUUUUUAUCACAGUAUUAUUUAUUGCUUUCAUUUCAAUAAAAUACUGAAACUUAUUUUCCACUGCCAAUAAAAAUAAGUCUUUAUGAACAUGA